UGUCCUGCAGCGUGGCUUGACAAUCUGUCUUGGUUUUGGUUCAGUUGUGUCAAAGAGAAGCUAUUUGGUUGACAUUGCCAUUUUCCUGCGGAAGGAGCAUCUUGUCGCGAGGAUUUUACACAUCUCUGUUCACAGUUGCUCCAGACAGUCUCGCGUCGAGACGCCCAGGUUAUUCCGCGUUUGAGGAUACCCUUCCGCCUUAUCCCCUUCCACCCUCGUAACGACGUCAUGGCCCUCGCGUGCUCGAUGUCGUCAGCAACGUCCACAAUGAAGCUGUCGCUCGCUCCUCCCAGAACGGCGACCAGCAUGCGCCGAUGCACCGUCAUCUGCCAGGCCGAGCCCAUCCGGCGACCAGGUCCCAUCACUCCCCAGUCAGCUGACGCUCCAGCAACACCCGCUCCUACCGCUUCAGCCUUAUCCUCAGCAGCGACGAUUCCAGCUGGCGUGACUCUGGAGUACCAGCGACAGGCGGCGAAGGAGAUGGUGGCGUACUUCCAGGAUAAGAAGUACGAGGAGGAGGUGCGGGACGGGAAGGUGCUCGGCUUCACCAGCAAGAACGAGAUUGGCAACGGACGGUGGGCUAUGUUUGGACUGGCAGUGGGCUUGCUUACAGAAUAUGCCACAGGGGUGAACUUCCCGGACCAGCUCUUCAUUCUUCUAUCCAAUUUUGGCAUUGUUGAUUGAAGGCCGCUUUGAAAUGGUUGAUUGAAGAUUUGGUGUGAAUAUUUUGUUUUAUAAUACUGCAGUAGGAACUCAAUGUCUUCGUUUUGCUCACACUAAAACGAAGGAACUCAUUGUGUUAUGUUGGGCUGAGAAAAGCCCUUAGGAUCUUUCGGAGACUAAGUCCCAGUUGAGAAAUGAGACUUGAGUAGUGCAGCUGAAGUUGAGUAGUUGAACCCUUGUACUAG